AUGUCUGCAAACGAUAUAGAGCUAGAACUUCAAACAGAGCCAAGCGAAGUUCCAUUAACUGAAGACUGUUAUGGUGACAUCACUCCGGAACUUAAAUUAUUAGAUCGUAGAAUGACGAAGUCAGAAUGCGACGAAAAAGAUUCAGAGCCUUUCCUCAGCACUCCAAUACCCUUGAUUCGCAGAUAUUCAUAUUACGAAUUUAACGGUGAUUGCUAUUUUCAAGAAGCCUCUGAAUUAGAACCAGUAAUAGUCAGUAGAUCAAAUAGUCCGGAAGGAAGAAAACUUGUUUUGGUCCCAGCUCCAACUUCGAAAUUCAGAUUAUUGAACAGCAAAUGGAAGGGCCGACUAUUCCGACAUUUAAAGAGAGCAACAGAGAAACAAAAAAGAGACGAAUCACCAGAAGUUGCCCACAUCAGUUUUAAACCACGUACGAAUAUCUUCUAUCUUUUUUGA